GUCAUUUGCAUUCGAUGUGAAGGCAUGCCGGCUAGUGAUGAUUGCAUUUGUGAUGUUUUUCCUACCAUGAUGGACUCAGUGGAUGAUGUGCAAAUUGGUAAGGAUUCUUUCAGUGGUGAUCAUGCUGACAUGGGUGAGCAGGUGUCUUGCACCCUUGCAUCCGACCAUGUAGUUUCGCCAGCGCUGAAUGUUGCAUCCGGUACUGGGGCUCCUCCUGCAGCUCCAGUCAAUGCAGAAGCCCAUGCUUCCCUUAUGCCAUUUGAAGCUUGCAUUUCACCAACUGUGCCAUGGAAGUGUACCACGCCCCUGUCCCAGGAGAUUGGGGAUCUGGGCAGUGAUGUCAAGCCACAUUCUGUGCCAGGCUUGGAGGCUCAUUGCCAGACUUCCUGGAUAUCUGCGGCUCCAUUGCUUGGUUUGCAAGAUGAACAGUUUUUGCAAUUGCGAGAACUUGGUGACGAUGAAAUCAAGUACCACAUUCAGAACAUGUUGGAUUAUCGCAACUCCUUGCGCAGGCGAUGGAAUCAUGAGUGUCCUGGUUUUGUGGUGAUGGAUCCACUUACAUUGCGUGACUGGGAGACCACGGGCAAGGCUGCCUGUGCUGCAUGGUGUACUCAACACCCUGAGGUUGUAUCCUAUGCUGCGUCGGCCUUGUGUGACAAAGACAUUUGCGUGAUCACGGUUUGUGUGGUGCACUGGCAGUGGGCUUUUUGUCUCACACAAUUCUCGGCUCUGAACUUCCGAACUCCUCUGCCGAACUUGACGUGGUGCAUUCUCAGCUGCGCAACUCUUUUAGAGACGCCCUUGCAGUUGAAGGUGAUGUGUGUGCUCCUGUCAUUUGGGGUAGUGGUGAUUCUAGCAACACGGCAGGAAGCAGUGAUGGUGCUGGACCUGGAGGUCAUGUUGCCAACAG